AAUCAAUGGAAAUCACGAGUUUGAGGAAUUAUAAGAAUACUAUUUUACAAUGGUACAAGUAAAUACGGAAGGUAGAAAGUAUAUGAUAAUGAAGUUGAUAAAGAGCAAGAGCAUAGCAGUUUUUUCUUACCACGAGUCAACCAAAUAAAAACUUUGGCAAAACUUAAAAGCCCUAAAAAGCCGUUGUGCGGCCCGUCGUCCCUCAUUCCAUACUCGAAUCAUUCCUGUAAAACCAUGGCGGAAUCUAAUUUACCAGAACCCAAAACACCAUUAACAGAUUCCCAAAUCCCUUCAAUCGCCACUCCCAUCAUUGAAGAACCCACCAAUGAACUCUCCAAACUCUCAAAUUGCUAUAUCCCACAAUCACCAACCGAUUUCAAACGCAAACGAGAAGAAAAAGAAGAACAACUAACUGAAGAAAACCCAAAGAAAACAAAACACCCACUUCACAAAACAAGUUUGUGUUCAUUCUUCCGCCGUUCUGGGACUUGUAGCCAUGGAGAAGAUUGCAGAUUUGCCCAUAAUGAGGAGGAGCUUCAACCUCGUCCUGAUGGGUCAUGGGAUCCGACUUCCAAGAAAGGGAAAGAGAUGGCGAGGAAAGCGGGUGGUGAAGAAAGUGAAGAAGGUGAUGGAGAUGGAAAUGAUGAGAAGAGUGUUAGUGUUAUGAUGACUGGGGUUAUGGAUGAAAAUGGGGAUUCUCAGUUUAGUAAAUGUGUGAUUCAUUUGUCUAUGAAAUGGAAUUCUGACAAGUUCAAGACUUUUCUUGAUGAAUUGGGGGUCGUUUACAAAGAAGCUAAGAAGAAAAAAGGAAUGUCUGUAGGAUUUAUAACGUUCGAAACAGUUGAGCAAGUUGAAAGGGCAACAGAGUUAUUGGAAGGGAAAUCUGUUGGCAACAAGACACUUAAGGUUGGGGAUGUCCUUCCACGAUCUUAUGAUGAUAAGAUACAAUCAGCUCAUAAAAGGUACCAAAAUGCGAAACCUGGUGCAUCUGAAGACGAUGAAAAUGGUGAGGAAAUGAAUGGUUCAGGUUCAAAGGGAAAGAGUGUAUGUGAUGUAGUCACCCCCCUUGCUAAACUACCGUAUGCGGAGCAACUAGAGCAAAAAAAGAAUUCUCUCACGAAAAUUCUCAUAAAACUUACUAGAAAUGCCCGUAAAGCAUUACCAAGGGGUACCGCACUACCCGAAUGGAUUGUUAAUUCCAAGGAAAGAGGUGGGCUUCCAUGCGAACUAACAGGGAUAAUUGAAUCACCCCUAGUAAAUGGGUACCGUAAUAAGUGUGAGUUUUCAGUUGGUUACUCGGUGCAUCAGAAACCUACUGUUGGUUUUCUGCUUGGAAAUUUCAGAGAGGGUGUGACAGCAGUCGAGGAGCCGACAAAUUGCCCGAAUGUUUCUAAAAUUGCAUCCACUUAUGCCUUGGUCUUUCAAGAGUUCUUGCAGGAUUCAUCUCUACCAAUUUGGAACAGAUUCAACAAUACUGGGUUCUGGCGUCAAUUGACUGUUCGAGAAGGUCGAAAAUCACAGAGGGACGGUGAUAUUCAGAAUGAGGAGGCUAAUAUCUCUGAGGUCAUGCUUGUCAUUCAGGUUUCAACAAAAGCCUAUGAUGAUGAUCUCGUAAACAAUGAACUCGAGAAAUUGGCUGGAGCAUUUUCUACAAGAGCUGCUUCAACUACUCCACCUUUGCCGCUGACUGUCUUAGCUAUUCAGGACCACGUAGGCAUAUCUAACGUAGCUGGUGCUGAUGCUCCGUUGCGUCCAUUAUUGAUACCUCAUGCUCAAUCCAGUUCCGAGACGGUAUUGGUCUCGGACAGCAAUGAAAUGAGGAUUCAUGAUUAUAUAGGCAAUCUCCGUUUCUCUAUAUCUCCUACCGCCUUCUUUCAGGUUAACACUUUAGCUGCAGAGAAACUAUAUUCUCUUGCUGGAGAAUGGGCUGGCCUAGACCAGGAUACUUUACUUUUUGAUGUAUGCUGUGGAACUGGCACAAUUGGGCUGACAUUGGCCAACCGUGUCGGUAUGGUAAUUGGUAUUGAGAUGAAUGCUUCAGCUGUUUCUGAUGCACAAAAGAACGCGGAGAUCAAUGGCAUUACGAAUUGUAAAUUUGUCUGUGCGAAGGCUGAAAGUGUGAUGGGAUCUUUACUCAGAGAAUACUUAGAUGAUUCUCGGGAGCCAGAUGAUCUGCAGGAGCUAGAUGAUCCUCAAGAGCAGGGCGAUAUUCUACAUACGUCAGAUACCGACGAAAAACGAAUUGAUCCAUUAGAAAAUGGAACUGCAUCAGUGAUCAAUGAAAUGAAUCCCGAGAUUUCCUUGAACGGAAUGAAAAUGGAUACAGAUCAAGCCCGUGAUUCUAAUGAAGAAGAGCUGGAUCCGAAGAAUAAUUGUCUAACCAAUGUCGGGAAUUCCUCGAAUGCCAGGCGGCACUUCAAAAAUGUUGUCGCUAUAGUAGAUCCUCCACGCGGUGGACUUCACCCUACUGUUAUAAAAGCUCUGAGAACUCAUCCGCGUCUAAGGAGACUCGUGUACAUUUCAUGUAAUCCUGAAACGUUGGUGGCAAACGCAAUCGAACUGUGCACACCAUUGUCGGAAAACAACGAGAAAAAGGGCAAAAUCUGGAGGUGGAAGAACAUGAGCGAUGCUAGUCAGGCACGUCACAGACUCAAGUCCAUGCCCAAGUCGGAGCCAUUUCAACCCGUCAAAGCUAUGGCUGUUGAUUUGUUUCCUCAUACGUCGCAUUGCGAAUUGGUAAUGCUGUUGGAGAGGUGAAUUCAUCUUGUGCACGUAAUCUUUGUUGCUCGUGGCUUUUAAACUAGUAUACCUUUCGUUCGUUUGUUUUUAUUUAUCGUACUAGUAAUAAUUUGGUUUAUAUAGCUGACCUCGUAUUGUUGUGGGGAUUAUAUAUUUGUUUUUCUUUCUUAUUUUUGUUUUUUUUUAAAUGUUUGUAAAAGUAAUUAAUCUUCAUUGUAUUUUGGAUGGUUAAUUACUUGGCCUCAUUUUAUUGAGAAUAAAAUUUUGGGUUGACACAUUGAUAUGGGUUUCUUGCA